AUGGACAAGGACCCAGGCCGCGGCCCCCACCCAGUGUGGAAUCACGAGAUACAGCUCACCAACCUCCCUGUGGACUGCAAGCCUGACGACCUAGUGAAAGUUACCGAAAACAUCGGAACUUUGCGCAGCAUACAUAUUGUUCAGGUCAAGCCAGACGACAAAGACAACUCGGGAAGCAACGCGGAGGGCAACAGCCAGCCGAAGAAGGAGCCAACUUCCAUGGCCUGUAUUAUGUUCGACGACCGCAAGGACGCCAAGAUCUUCGUCUCGGCGUAUGAUAAGGAACCUCUCAUCAUUUCUGGGCGCAAGAUCGGUAUGCUUCGCCAUGCCGUCUUACUCGGCUGGGAGUAA